UUGAGGGAUGUGUCAAAAAGGCUAACGGUCGCCAUGUCUCCAGCCUUUGCACUCAAGUUGCGAAGCGAAACAUGGAAAAAAAGAAAGGAAGCGGAGCAGAAAGCAAAUGGACCUACUGGAAGCAGCGCAGAAACAGAAAGUACUUCCGGUAUCAUAAAAGCAAAACCUCGUCGAAAAGGUGCAACAGCAAUGAGAAAGUCAGGAACAUCAAAAAACUACACUAAAUCAAAGGCUGAUGAAAGUGUUUCUGGUGCAACGACCAGUCAGUCUACUUCAUCAAAGAAUGUCAGCCAGAAAGGAAACAGCGCUGUUAACAGUGACAAGAAGGGAAAAACUCUGGCUUCUGUGGCUUCAAAGGAGAAAUCUGGAACCAAAGGAGGUAGUGCAAAGAGGAAGAAGCCUUUGGCAGCAGCCAAGAUGACUCGUAGGGCAUCCUCAUCACACCAUGUCAGCACUGUGAUAAAGCCACAUUUGCAAGGCAUUAGCGAAAAGCUGUCGCAACCUGUCAAGACCUUCCGAAGUGGAAAAGUGCAGCUCCAACGCCCCAUUAAGAUGAAUGCACAGGAUCAUCCACAGGAAAAAAUGAAAGAUAAGAAACCUGUAAAGAUAGCUGCUACACAGAGCUCAUCAGGCACUGAGACAGAAAAGCCGACUCAUUUUAAGGCAAAGCCUGCACCAGACAGGAGCCGUGUCUUCCGUCUGCGAAACAUGUCGGCACCAGUAACCAAGCCAAAGCCCUUUAGGCUCGCAUCCCUCGAGAGACACCAGGAGUCUAUGCUGGAAUUUCAGAAGAAGAAGGAGCGCAUUGAGGCUGAAAGGCUUCAGAAAAUAAAAUUUGUUGCUCGACCUGUUCCCCGAUCUAUCAGAGAGCGACCAGAAAGUGUUGAUCGGACUGUGGUUCGUGCCACCAAGCCAGGCCCGUCGGAGCAUAUCAGCAGGCCACGCCGUCGUUAAGAUGUUUGAUAAACAACACCUGAACAAGAACUGGCUCAAAGGCGACAUACAGGCUUGGUCUGAGCCUCGGCUUUCUUUUGACGGAGGAGCUACCUGCCCCCGCAAUUUACUUUGUAAGAAGCAAAAACACCCAAGACAAGUCUGUACAGAUGCUACUAGACACUCUCUGGUCUCCUGCACAUAAUGUUUUACCAAGUGAACAUAUUUUGGUUUUAAUAAAACUGCUUUUUCACAUUUUGAA